CUGUAAGCUUUUGGUCUAUUAGACUUGCCGUAGUGCCCCAGUUUUGAUGAUGUCACGGUCUGUUUAAAGCGAAAGGCUGCAUAACUUGCACCUUUUCUUCGUUACCAUAACCCUGAAAGUCUCCCCAGCUGUCAGUUGCGUGUUUUGACUGUCAUCACCAUCAUCAACAACUGGACUGCAUAUUUAGUCUUAGACCCCGAAGAGCCAUGCUCCGCUGCAGGAGGUGUCGGAAAGGCGUCAUAGACUCGUCAUCCUUGUCACUGCAGUUGGAGGCCACAGACGAAACCUCAGCUGCUGUUUGCAACAUUUGGCACGUGAAUGUUGACAUGUUGCCAGAGUGGAUACUGACCUCAGUUCACCAGGCUCAGUGGACUGUAGGAAAGCUGUACUGCCAGAACUGUACAGCUCGUUUGGGUGGCUUCAACUUCAUUAACCACAGUGACUGUCCCUGUGGCCUGGACGCCACUGUACACCUCAGCAAAAGCCGCGUGGAUCGUGACCACAAACAUUGUGUUCUUAUCGUCCAGCCGAGGAGGACGAGGCUUACAAAGGAACAGGCUGGUCUGCUGACAAAUGGCUCUCAGAACAAAGAUGGGAGGCCUGAAGCUAACAGGACUGAACUGGGCAGUUUACAUCUUAACUGUGCUGCUGUCAUGUCUCACAGCAGCACUGCAGAGGCCUCAGAUUCACUGGCUGACAGUGAAAACACCCAUUCAUUUUCUUUCAGCCCUUUGUACUGCAUCUCUCAUAGGAGGCGGUGCAGUUUGGAAGAUGAUGCCAACGUCAGGUCAUCUUGUUUUUGCUCUGCAGGCCCCAAUUACAAGUCUGCUGUUGAGAUGAGGAGGGCAGGGGCAGAUGAGUCCACACGGUCACUGAUGCUGUGUCCCACGAGUCAGCAGUUUGACACUGUUGGUGACGCCUCUGUCAACGCUGUCGCCUGCCAUUCAUUUGUUUCUGAAAGAUCACGGUCACCUCUGCAUCAACAGUUUCUGCAAACUGUGGAGGACACAGAGUCUUCUCAGGAGUCCACUGCUGUCCAUGAGGGGGUUUGUGACUCAGCACCGUCCCUCAGAGCGAGAUCCAUCUCUGACAGUGUGGCUGAACAGGACGAGGAACUGCUGCCUCAAGCCUUCAUGACCUCCUUGGCCUCGAACAGAUUGAGCAAAAGAGAGAAGAACCGUCUGAAAGGUCUUCGGAGGAAACAGAGGAGGAGAGAGCGAUGGCUGCACAGUCAGCUGGAGCAGGCUGAGCGUGGGAGCAGUUCGCUGUUGGGCGAUGAGGAAGAGGAGGACAGAGAGGGCCUCACCUGCGCCGUGUGUCUCGAUGUCUACUUCAGCCCGUACAGCUGUCAGCCCUGCGGUCACAUCUUCUGUGAGCCGUGUCUCCGCACAAUCGCCAAGAACCGACCGACGAGCACCCCCUGCCCGCUGUGCCGAACCCUCAUCUCACACACCAACUUCCACAAAGAGCUCGAUCAGACAGCUAAGACCUUCUUCCAGAAAGUUUACUGCGCCCGCAAGCAGAACUUCCAGAGCGCUUCGUGUGCGAAAUGGCCUCUACCCAGCUGCAAACGCUUCCGUACCUUCUGGGGAGAGCAGAGACGUGCAGUGAUGGCAGGGAGACGCUGGCAUUUCGCCCAUGGAGGUUUCACAAUGGACACUUUGGACCUCACUGACAUGCGCAGCUGGCUCUUUGACAUUGGACUGGUCAUCGUCUACAUCCACUCGGUCAACUGGAUCCUGGCUCUCCUGUUCCUCUGUUUCCUCGUGUAUUAUUUCUUCUUUUGAAAAACUGAGCAGCACUCAAAAGUGUGCUGUGCAGUUUUUUCCUUCUUCAUGUUUUACUGGUUUCACUAGCUAGAUAGAGCCACAGAUCAUACCUGCUCUUUGAUAGAUUAAGUAUCUCAGAAAUAGCAGAUGUGGUCAUGACAUACAUUAAGGGCAGGAUUCUCAACAUUUCCAUAAAUAGCUGGAAAAGUUUAUAAUGUUGUUAAACUGACUGCAAGCUAGCUUUAAACCUUUAAUGAUGGUUUGAACAGCGCUGCUUUGGAGUGCCCUGAUAUUGCGUACAAAAAUAAUGAGCAAGGUGAAAAUAUGGAAAAAUACCACUGCCUGAAGCAGAGUGGUGUUUUCUUUCCUUAUGUUGGACAUCAGGAGUUCCUCAUCAAAAAUGUGCUGUUUGGUUGUGAAAACUUUGAUUUAUGGUUGAACAGUUUUGUUUAUCAGACAAAAGGAGAGGGGAAAAGGCAGAUAGGCUGGAAAUGAGGGAAUUUAGCUAGUGUGUCUCGGUUCAAAGUUUAUAAAUAGGCUUUUUCCAGUCUUUAUGCUAAGCUAGGCUAACCACAUCCUGAUUACAGCUCUGUACCAAAUACACAGAAAUAAGAUCUGUUUAAUGGCAGGUUUCAAGUAAAUUUCUAAAGGAAAGCAAAGAAGUUUAUUACCUUAAAUAAUUAAUUAUCUGUCAAGCUUUGCACAAGUGAGAUGUUCAGAAACUAAUCAGUACUUUCCAUAAAAAAAAAACAAAAACACUUGAGCAAUAAAUGCACACAAAACCUUUAGUGAGUGUCGGCGACCUUUUGUUGUUUUGACGUUCUGGUGUCAUUAGAGGAAGUUCAGUCAUUGUCUACUGGCUUUCAGUGAAAUGAUAUAGAUUUAAGAUGAAAUUUGAAGUAAGAUUCAUUAAAAAAACAAAAAAACAAAACAGAUUCACAGAUGGUGAAAACAGUCAUGUCAGUGUGGUGCCUUUGCUUAGCCUUAAGUAUUAGCUCUCUGGCACAGACUCUUGCACAGCCUGUAUUCACAUGAAGUCGGAAAGAAAAUAAAUUUUAAAAUCAUUUCAGUGAA